AGACUUUUCUGCGUAUCUUUCUAUUCAUUUCUCCUGCGUAUCUUUCUAUUCAUUUCUUCCUUUGCCUUCAAAACCCUCCCUCCAAACACCCAAAAUCACAGGAAUCGCCCAAAAGCAACCUGAAAACCACCAUUUCCGCCCCCGCCGCCACCACAGUCGCCGCCGUCUCCGCCGCUUGCAUGAGGCUCGUAGCAUCAGAAACGACCCUUGCAUGAACGCCACUUUCCUUCAAUUCCCUAUCUACAUUUCGUACCCCAAAACUCUAGUAACAUCGAGAAACCACCGUUCUACAGCAAUGAAGGAUCGGCCUCCGUCAUCGUACGGCUCGGUCUACGUGCCACCGCACCACCGUCUGCGCUCCGUCAUCACUUCCUCUGCUUCCCCCAAUCUCUCCUCUGCUCCUGUGGACUCCAAGACUGUCAACAAUCACAACAACAAGUUAGGAAACCCUAAAGUCAACAAUCCAUACCCUUACAUGUCCCAUCACCAAUACCAGUACCAACACCAGCAGCAUCAGCAACAGCAGCAGAAGAAGAAUUCACAGUUCGAUUCUGCAGUAUCCGACGAUUUAUCUGAAGAAGGUUCCGAUCGUGAAAUUGAGCCGUUCUCCCAUCCAGGUGCUUCAACGUCUGAGAACAUUGAUGGGUGGAAAUGGAAGCUAAAUACGCUUUUACACAACAAGGAUAAGCAGGAAUUGGUGUCAAGGGAGAAAAAGGACAGGCGUGAUUUUGAGGAAAUAGCAGCUUUGGCAGGCAGGAUGAGUUUAUAUAGCCGUCUAUAUGUAAAAGUUGUCGUCGUCAGUAAGGUGCCACUGCCAAACUACAGAUUCGAUCUGGAUGAUAAGCGUCCCCAGAGGGAGGUGAUUUUACCUCCUGGUUUGCAAAGGAGAGUUCAUGACUAUCUUGGGGAGUACCUUUCUCAAAAGUCAGGAAGCAUGGACAGUUUUCGAAGCGUUGAUUUUUCGAGAUCAAGCAGUAAUGGUAGUAUUGCAACUGAUGAGGGGCUCUUCGAGCAACCAGAGCCACUGCCACACAGUAAGGUUGCCAUGGAGAGAAUCAUCUGUCGAAGAAGUUUGCAAUUGCGCAAUCAGCAACAAGCAUGGCAGGAAUCUCCAGAAGGUAGAAAGAUGCUGGAAUUUCGUAGAAGUCUCCCUGUUUAUAAAGAGAAGGAUGCAUUAUUAGUGGCCAUUUCACAGAAUCAGGUUGUUAUCAUCUCAGGUGAAACUGGUUGUGGGAAGACCACACAGAUACCCCAAUUCAUUUUGGAAUCUGAGAUUGAAUCAGUUUGUGGAGCCCAAUGUAGUAUUAUAUGUACUCAGCCUAGACGAAUAUCUGCUAUGUCUGUCUCUGAAAGAGUUGCUGCAGAGAGGGGAGAGAAAUUGGGUGAAACAGUUGGAUAUAAAGUUCGGCUGGAAGGUAUGAAAGGAAGGGAUACCCACCUUCUCUUCUGCACCACGGGUAUCUUGUUGAGAAAAUUAUUGGGUGAUAGAAAUUUGAAGGGUGUAACUCAUGUUAUUGUGGAUGAGAUUCAUGAGCGUGGAAUGAAUGAAGAUUUUCUGCUUAUUGUCCUAAAGGAUCUCCUUCCUCGUCGGCCAGAGUUGAGGGUGAUCUUGAUGAGUGCAACCUUAGAUGCAGAGCUUUUCUCAUCCUAUUUUGGUGGGGCCCCGAUGGUCCAUGUUCCGGGCUUUACAUACCCGGUUCGAACUCAUUUCCUGGAAAAUAUUCUGGAAAUGACUGGAUAUCGGUUGACCCCAUACAAUCAAAUUGAUGAUUAUGGUCAGGAAAAGAUUUGGAAAAUGAACAAACAAGCUCCAGGAAAGAGGAAGAGCCAAAUUGCUACUGUUGUCGAGGAUGCACUCAGAGCUGCUGAUUUUAAGGAGUGUAGCCCACAAACACAAGAAUCUUUGUCUUGUUGGAAUCCUGAUUGUAUCGGUUUCAACCUCAUAGAACAUCUUUUAUGCAACAUAUGUGAGGAUGAAAGACCUGGUGCUGUUUUAGUUUUCAUGACUGGGUGGGAUGACAUAAACUCUCUAAAGGAAAAGCUCCAAGCUCAUCAUAUUCUUGGAGAUACAAGUCGGGUUUUGUUGCUUGCAUGCCAUGGUUCUAUGGCCAGUUCGGAGCAGAGGUUGAUAUUUGAUGGGCCUGAAGAUGGAGUAAGGAAAAUAGUGCUAGCUACCAAUAUUGCUGAAACAAGUAUCACAAUCAAUGAUGUGGUUUUUGUUAUUGACUGUGGGAAGGCAAAAGAGACAUCCUAUGAUGCACUGAAUAACACACCUUGUUUGCUUCCUUCGUGGAUUUCUAAGGUUUCUGCUCGACAAAGAAGAGGAAGAGCUGGCCGUGUUCAGCCAGGAGAGUGUUACCAUCUCUAUCCUCGAUGCGUAUAUGAUGCUUUUGCAGAUUAUCAAUUACCUGAAAUUUUAAGGACACCUUUACAGUCACUUUGUCUGCAAAUCAAAAGUUUAAAACUCGGGAGUAUCUCUGAGUUUCUAUCAAGGGCCUUGCAGUCACCAGAGUUACUAGCGGUUCAAAAUGCUAUUGAAUAUUUAAAAAUCAUUGGGGCUUUAGAUGAGGAUGAAAAUCUGACUGCUUUAGGUCGCCACCUGACAAUGCUUCCAGUGGAGCCUAAACUUGGAAAGAUGCUUAUACUUGGGGCUAUAUUCAAAUGCCUGGACCCAAUAUUGACUGUUGUUGCUGGUCUUAGUGUCCGGGAUCCUUUCUUAACACCAUUGGACAAGAAGGAUCUAGCAGAAGCUGCCAAAGCUCAGUUUUCCCGUGAUUACAGUGACCAUCUUGCUCUGGUCCGGGCAUAUGAGGGCUGGAAAGAUGCAGACAGAGACCUCUCUGGAUAUGAAUACUGCUGGAAAAAUUUUCUUUCUGCACAAUCAAUGAAAGUAAUUGAUGCUCUUCGAAGGGAGUUUAACUCUUUGCUUAAUGAUACUGGCCUCGUUGAUAGUAACGUAACCAUCUGCAAUGCAUGGAGUUACGAUGAGCAUCUCCUUCGUGCAGUUAUUUGCUAUGGCCUGUAUCCUGGAAUUUGCUCUGUUGUGCACAAUGAAAAGUCAUUCUCAUUGAAAACAAUGGAGGACGGCCAGGUGCUUCUGUACUCUAACUCAGUUAAUGCUCGAGAAUGUAAAAUCCCUUAUCCAUGGCUAGUUUUCAAUGAGAAGAUCAAAGUAAACUCUGUUUUCCUCCGGGAUUCGACAGCUGUGUCUGAUUCAGUGCUGCUCCUAUUUGGUGGAAGUAUUUUGAGAGGGGAUAGUGAUGGCCACUUAAAAAUGUUGGGGGGCUACUUGGAAUUCUUUAUGAAACCUGCAACAGCCGAAAUGUACCAAACCUUAAGGAGAGAGCUGGAUGAGUUAAUUCAGACUAAACUACUCAAUCCCAGGAUGGACAUACAAAGCCAUCAUGAACUUCUCACUGCAGUACGGUUGGUGAUCUCGGGGGAUCAAUGCGAUGGCAGAUUUGUGUUCAACCGUCAGGUGCUACAGCCUUCCAAGCCAUCUUUUACAGCUGCACCCCAGGCCUUGAUUUCAAGAACAGAAAGUGGACCUGGUGGUGAUAAUUCUAAAAGUCAACUCCAAACGUUGCUCACACGGGCAGGCUAUUCUGCGCCUACCUACAAGACAAAGCUACUGAAGAAUAACCAGUUUCGAGCUACUGUAGAGUUCAAUGGUAUGCAGAUCAUUGGGCAGCCUUGCAACAACAAGAAGCAAGCAGAAAAAGAUGCAGCUGCCGAGGCUCUAGAAUGGCUAAUGGGUGGAACCCAAAAAGGCCAUGAUUAUAUAGAACACAUGUCAAUGUUCUUGAAGAAGAGCAAGACGGAUCAUAACUGAACUUGAAUGAGAAUAGAACUACCAGUGCUUUGGGAAAAAUUUUGGAGGCACUACCAAAUGGUCUCAUAACCAAGUGCAUCGUAACUUGGAGUUAAGAGUCUCGGUUGGCAGGUUUGACCGCGAUAUCAAAUUCCCGAUAGCCAUAAGCAAAUCAGAUUGAUACCCAACACCUAUAAUAAAGUCACUGGUCCUAGGUAUAUUUUGUGGGGAAUAUAGAAUGCUGAUUUCGGUCGUUUGGACAUGGACUUGCACUCAACUAAUUGGUUAACAGUUGGAAGGAACUCAGACAUAACUGGAGCUAGGCAAUUGGUGGCUAAUCAUUUUUUUUCUGAGGGAGGCAAGGAAACUGGAAUUGUUGAAGAAGGUGAAAUGGAAAUCGAACGAUGUUUAGAGAGAAGAUUGUGAUUGUACUGUGUUUGGGCUCAAAAGGUCAAAUUGAUCAUGAGUUUUCACUCUUUGUAUAUAUACACUAUCAUUGCCUGAAAAGGCACUAUAAUGCACAAAGCUUGUGGGAAAAUGAUGCUUUCUUAGCUUCAA